CGUCAGGGCUAAAAGGGCAUGGACCUGGAGAACUAGGCUCACAACAAGCCUUGGAGAAGAAGGGGACCACCCUCGAGUUAAGAGCGGUAAAAGAUGAGAAGCUGAUAGACCGUUAAUUACACAUGUUUUCACCCCUGUUCUUACACCGUUUGAGAUGUGGUUUCUCGUGUUUUAGACCGAUUUCACGCUAGGUUGUGCUUGUUUGUGAUAUUUCAGGUCCUGGCAAGUGAAUGAAGGUUUAGGAGCGAGUUCGGGGUCGAUUGGGCGAAGAUCGGGCGCGAGGCAAGUCACAAAGGAAGCCACACGGGCACACCCACAACCCACACGGCCGUGCAAGUGACCCGUUUGGCCGUGUGGGAUUGUGCGAGACCUCACACGGGCACAGAUAAUUUCCACACGGCCGUGUGAAGUUGCACUUUGGCCGUGUGGAAUUGUGCGAGGCUUCACCCGGCCAAGCUGGGUGAGCUACACGGCCGUGUGACCCUGGCCGUGUAAGAAGCCUGGAAUUCAACUAAUCGAUACGCAGCGUUUGGAGCCACACGGGCAACUGGGUGGGCCACACGGCCGUGUGGCAUGCCCGUGUGAGUCGGGAUUUUCUGGUUUUAAGCCAAUUUCCAGCCACAAAUCGAGGGGAUUCGAGUUUUAGAGAGACAGAGCGAUUCCUAGAGAGAGAAAGCGACGAACAAGAGUCCCCAAGUGCCCUAGCUUGAUCUUCAUCACCAUUGAAGCUUGGCUUGAGCUUGGAGGAGUGCCAAUCAACGUCCAGGAGCAGGAAUCCAUCCUUCACAGUAUGAAUUCCGCGUCUGAUUCUGCUUUUGCUUCUUUCUCCAUGGAGUAGUUCUCCCAUUCAUCUGGGUAUGGAGAACCCUAGAUUUGUAUGUUAGGUUUGAUUGUAUGAACCCAAGUAUUGAUUCUAUGAUUUGAUUAUAUUCAAUUGAGGUUUGAAUGAUUGAAUGGCAUGAAUCCUGAUCAAAUUCCUAUUGAUUCUUCUUUAACCUAGAAUGAGAAUAUCUGCCUAGGUUGAUAGAGCAUCCUUGAUUGAAGGUAGGGAGUUGGUGACUUUAGUCGAGGAGCCAACUCACUAUUCUGUACCGAAUUCACUUCGGUAGUGGAGGUUUUGUUGUUAGGGCCUCAAUCUGUUUACUCCGGUGGAGGUUAGUCGCCCGCUAGAGACUCAAAUUGAGAGGGUCUGAAGUCCUUUAGUCGAGACUUCAGGCUGUUUAAGAACCUUCCGCAGUAUAACUAUCAUAGAAGCUGAACUUGGUAAUUGCAAUCAGGCUUAACUGCAGUCUAGGGGGAACCAUAUCCGGGUGACCUCUCUUAACCUGAAUACAAAAGGUUACUUGCUUUGUUUGUUUAUUAGUUUAGACUUGCAUUAAAGUUUCAUUGCUAGAUAACAGGAAUUCACCGAGUAGUCAUCAAAUCUAGGACCUGGGUUGACAUUUAAACCCAAACCCGCUAUACUACGCUUUAGGAAGUGGUUUCACUUUGCCAAUUCCUGGAGUGACAGUAGAAGUGAGUCAAGUUUUUGGCGCCGUUGCCGGGGGCGGCUAGGUUGUUGAAGAAAAGUGAUUUCUGUUAAUUUAGCUUUUCUUUUCGCAUUGUUUGCUUUUUCCCACUUGUGCCUUCACGGUUUUGCUUGCUUGAGUGUGUGCAGGUAGUGCAUGACCCGUAGCCAGUCGGGAGGUUUACUGCCGUUGAAUCCAGAGAUUGACCGCACCUGUCGCCAACUCAGGAGACAACAGCCAGCUAGACUGGCUACGGAAGAGCGCAUAGACGGCCACCUGAGCAGCGAUUCUGAGGAAGAGUACGGGAUGGACAAAGAAUACAAUCCACACCAGGGGAAUCCUCAGCAGGCUCCCCCAGGGAAUCAGGUCCUGGGGAACAACCCCAUACCCCAGGAUCAUGGGGCUCAUCAUCAUCCACCGCCGCUGGGUCCCACCGUGGAGUACUACUACACUCCACGGAUUGCUGACAUCCACCCGGUCAUCCUCUACCCGCCUAUUCCAGCAAACAACUUCGAGAUCAAGCCAUGCUGGAUUCAGCUCAUUACAUCCUCUAUCCAGUUCCAUGGCUUGAAGGAUGAGGAGGCCAGGGUGCUUCUUUCCCGUUUUUUGCAGCUGACGAACGGGUUCAAGCUUAAUGGUGUCCCUGAUGAUGCAAUCCGCCUUCACCUUUUCCCUCAUUCUCUGGCGGGGAAUGCUAAGAGGUGGUUGGAGACCCAGCCCCCAUUGUCCAUCACCUCUUGGGACGAUCUGGCUGACAAAUUCGUGCACAGGUACUAUCCGGCAUCGAAGACUACAGAGAUCCAGCGGGAGAUCACUCACUUCCGCCAAGAGCCAGAUGAGUCACUUCGUGAUGCCUGGGAGCGGUACAUGGGAUAUUUCUGGCAGUGUCCCCAUCAUGGCUUCAGUGAUGCAUUCACAGUGGGGAACUUCUACAGUGCCCUCUCUCCAGACAGCCAGAGUGUGAUUGAGUCUCUAUGCCUAGGAGGGGAUAUUCUUUCUAAGACUCCACCCGAGCUGAACCAGAUGAUCAAUACUUUGGCUGCCAGAGAUCAUUCUUAGGGACAGAGCAGCAGAGGCAGACAUUCCCGAGACCGUGGUGUGCACGCCAUGGAGACCAGAUCCGGGCUCGAGCAACAGGUAGCUGAGUUGGUGCAGACAUUGAAGCAGCCCAACAGUCUUAUUUCGGGCAGAGGUUUGGCUACACCUCCAGUAGCUCAGUGUCAGUGGUGUGAGAGCUCAAAUCACCUAGUGGAGGACUGCCAGGAUAUGAGGGAGUCUACUACUCCCCAAGAGCAGUUGGACUUCAUCGCCAAUGCUCGGCGCCUCGACCCGUACAGCAACACAUAUAAUGAGGGGUGGCGCUAGCAUCCCAAUUUCGCCUGUAGCGGCAACACCACUAAACCACCUGGUUUCCC